ACUCAUCAUCAUUCACUUUCAUGACUUGCAAAGCCGAAAAUCGACAUCUUAUGCAUUACUCGCAUUACUAUUAGUCAGAGUCUUUUCAAAGAGGGGUCUGGAGGCAACGUAGAAGCGGCCGAGGACAAUUUCGUGAUUGAGAACCUUGAUGGCCUCACGAAACUUUUGAUAUCAUCUGGCAGCGGGACGCCAUUCUGGGUAUUUCCGCCUCUUGAACCAAUUUUUAUGGUAAUGAGAUUUUUUUCUUGAUAUCUCUUUCUAGGAGACUAAAAUUGUGGCAACUAUUGUCUAAACUACAAGUCCAAGACAUUCUAUCUAUCUAGUCUCGCCAGUUGCAAUCUUGGAGGGAUUGUCAGCAAUCACCUUGGGAUAUUCGACACCCAUACCCCUCAGAUCCGCGCCAUGAAUGAACAGGGACAGUAUUCAAACCCCUUGGGUUUCGGUCAACAGAUGCCUGGAGACGAUUUCUGGCCUCAACCUCAUUAUACGUCUUUUACAGACACUGCUCAGCCUACGCAAUCAGCACCUUUCUUUCAGGACUAUUAUGGUAAUAUCUUAGGAUAUGGGACUCAGUUGAAAGCUUCGAAUACAAAUGCCUUCUCGGGACAACCUCUAUACCCCCAUUACCAAGCGCCGAAUCUUCCUCAUGAGCUCUAUACUUUCGCCCAAAGAACGAGACCAGCCCAAGCACCUCUGCCACCGUUGAAGCGGCAAAAGAUUGCCCAAAUUUCUGUCGACGAGAACCACGCACAGAUAAACAAGAAAGAGCUUGGGAACGGGCAAGAUGGAACGCAGAGUGAAUGCUGCAGUAGCUGUCCUUCAGGCGCACCCUGUGACGAACCAAAUUGUGCCCCAUGCGACAAGACCGACUGCGACGAAGUCGUGGAAGAGGUUGUGCCUUGUACUCGAAAGUCAUGCGCACAACCAGUGUGUCCAAAUCCUUGUUUGAAAGUGGCAGUCCAGCAACAGGAAGCCAGGUUGAACAAUGGUAUUGUGCCAACUGAAAGGCGGAUAUCUUCGUGGGAGAAUACGCAGUGGAGUGCAGAAGUCCCAAGAGCUGUGAGCCAGGGGACUAGAUCAUUGAAUGGCCUACUAGAUCCAGCUCUGGAAGUCUUUGAUGGUCCUGAAGAGACUCCUGCUUCUGGUUCACCUGCGCCAACGACUCCCUCUAUGGCUAAGAAUGUUGAUACACCACAUUCUCCCAAUGGAGAAGCGCCGACUCCUCAUAGCGCCUUGUUUCCUCAAACAACGCAAGCAGAUAAUACGGCUGGUGUGUUAUCAGGUACUGGAGCACUGUUCAAUCCUGCAACGGACUCUCAGUGGCAUAACUUUGGACAAGAUAGCGAUGCAAACUACCAGUUCAUGUUUCAAUGUGGUUGGUCUGGGUGUGGACAGCCAUUCGUUAGCCAGCACGAUUACUUCUCUCAUUUCCACAGAGACCAUAUCGAUCCCCAGAUGACCUUCGACUGCCCUGCUCAAGCAGACACUUGUCCAUCACCAAUCAAGGCAAAUCCUCUAGAGCAUUUGCAGAAUGAUCACGGAUACAACUUCAACAUGGGCACCGGUGGCUUCAGUUGUCCUGCUCCAAGUUGUCCUCAGGGAGAAACAUUUUUGAACCCAGCAAUGCUACACAAUCAUUUCGAUGUUGCUCAUGCCAUACCCGCUCAUGGCUCGUUACAAUGCUUGGUGGACACUUGUGGGAAUUACUUCCAAGACUACAAUCAACUAUGGUCGCAUGUUACGCUAGAGCAUCAGAUUCCACAGCAGCCCAAAGACUCAGACAUUGACCUUGCUUUUCCAACAGCACCCGUCCCAAUACAAGAACCAUUGAUGCGGGACGAACCUGAUGCAGCCGCCAAACCGAAUGCAGAAGCAGAGAAUGAAGGGGAGGAAGAUCUUCAUAUAUGCAAGUGGAAACUCCAACCAGGUGUAGUAUGUUCUAUGGACUGCGGUUCCGAGGAUGCACUACAAAAGCACAUCAAGACCGCACAUCUAGACCUCUUAGACAAGCGAUCCGGAUAUAAGUGUCAAUGGGAAGGCUGCAACCGCGAAGAAAAAGUCCCCAAAGAUAAAAUAGGCUUCACACAGCGGGGUAAAUUGGAGCGUCACAUGGCUACUCACACCAACUAUAAAUCCUCUCGCUGCGAUUGGCCCGGCUGCGGUAGACUCUUCUCCGCCCCCCAAGCCAUGAGACAGCAUUACCUCCUCCACACCGGCGAAAAACCAUGGGUAUGCAAACACUGCGGCAAAAAAUUCCCCCAGCAAAGCGCUUGCACAAUCCAUGAGCGAACACAUACCAAGGAAAAACCAUUGGAAUGCAAUAUAUGCGGCAUGAAGUUCUCAGAAUCGUCCAAUUUGUCGAAGCAUAGGAGGACGCAUGAGGAUAAGCAGAGUCAUGAGUGUACGUUCAAGGGGUGCGGGAAGAGUUUUUGUAGGUUGGAUCAGUUGCGGAGACAUCGGUUGGUGCAUAGGAGGAAGGGGGGCGAGGAUGAGGAGAGUGUUACGGAGAGGACGGAGACGGGGAGUAGUUCUGGGACUGCUUGACGGUGGAGGUGGAGGGAUAUAAUUAGGUAGAUGAUUUUGGCAUAGCGUGCGUGACAUGGCUUUUUGUGAUAGGAAGUAGAGGGAUGAAUGGAAUAGGAUACCUGUGAGCGUGAUGCGCUUAGCUUUGGUUUUACCAUAUCAAUAACUAUAUGAUA